AUGUUACAAUCAAAAGCAGUUGAUCUUGCUAAGGCAGCAGACCUCUUAAAGGUUUGCAUGGAUGAGAUGUGCAGAUUACGAAAUCAGUUUGAGGAUGUAAAGAAAGAAGCAACAGAUACAGCCCAGAAGUGGUCAAUCAGACCAGAAUUUGAGAAAAAGAGACUUCGUACCGUAAAAGGACAUUUUAGCGAGCUUUGUGAAUACCAAAGAUUAGAAGAUCCAGGGAGUUUGUGUAGAAUAAGUGUUUACUAUCAUACUCUGGACAUCAUCACAACUCAGAUGAACUUCCGUUUUACUGGCUUGCAUGAAGUUCUCUCAUCAUUCUCAGUGUUGGAACCAAUCUCAUUGCAAAAUUUAACUGACUCAGAGCUGUACGAAAAAGCAUCUAGUUUUGUGAAAAAAUACCACAACGAUGUGUCAGAAACAUUCACACAGGAAAUUCUCAGCAUGAGAUCUGUUCUGAAGGGAGAAAUAAGCAAAGUUUCAAGUAUUAAGGGCCUUGCUAAUAUGUUGAUCAUAGAAAAUCAUCCUAUUUCAGCCAGUUUCCCCGAGGUUUGCACUGCAAUGCUAUUGUUUUUAACUAUUCCAGUCACAACUGCUAGUGCGGAGUGUUCAUUCUCCAAACUAAAGCUUGUUAAAAACUAUCGGCGAAGUACAAUGGCACAGGAAAGAUUUGAAGGACUAGCUCUUCUAUCAAUUGAACAAGGAACUGCACGUAAAUUGCACUUAAGUAAAGUCAUUGACAGAUUUGCAGAGAUGAAAGGAAGUAAGGAAGGAAGCAACGGUAUGGUGGAUAGUGCCUUGACACACCUCUCGGAUGUAGCGAGUUCGCGCCUCCCCCUGUGCUAG